UGUAAAUCGGGGCGCCUCUUCCUCUUCUCCUCUUAAAAAAAAAAAAAAAUCAAUAAAACAAAAUAAAAUUUCCUCUCUCUUUCAUGUAAUUAUAAAUAUUAAAAUUUCUCAGAUCUUUCUCUUCUUUGAUCUCUCGUUUUUCUUUUCUUUUGUUUUUUUUUCUCUCUCAUUUUCUUUCUGAACAAACAGGAUUUAUGUUUCAGUUUCCUAUUUUCAUUGUGAGGAAAAAUAUUUCACAUUUUAAUACACGAAAAAGGGCAAAAGGAUGUUAGCGGUUUUUUUUUUUCUUCUAAUUGUCAUUGUGAAAAUUCACAGUUUUUGACUUUUGGAAUUGUUAUCAGGUGAAGAAAUGAAUUUGGGCUAUGUUCGUUUCCAAUUUUAGGGAUAGUCUUUUUUUUUUUUUGAAUUUUUGUUUUUAUGAUGAAUUUUGUAAGCCAAAUUAGGGUUUGGUUUUGUUAUUUUUGGUAUAUUUUUUACAAAGUUGUGAUCUUGGGUACAUUAGAAGGCAAAUGAAGUAAGGGGGUUAUUUACAUUAGAAAAAAGAAUCAGGUGUAGAAAAAAAAUGACAGAUUUUCAAGCUUUACAACAAAAACCAGAAUCCGCAAACGAUGCCAGAGCUGAAUUCGAAAGGGGUUUGGAGGAAUUAAUGAGAGGGCAUUUAGAUGAUUGUAUGUCAUUUGCAUCAUGCAGUUCGAAUAGAAAUCCUGAUGAUGAGGAUGAUGAGGGUGAUCAACUUGUUAGGAGGAGGAGAAGGUCUGAUCUUGAAGGUGAUGACUUAGCUGAGUCAUCCGCUGCUAGAAGGCGACAUUCUAGGAUUUUGAGUCGGUGGGCUGCUAGGCAGGCUCAGGAAAUGAUAACGACGAUGGAGAGGAGGAAUAGGGAGUCUGAGUUGAUGGCUUUAGCUGGUUUACAUACUGUUUCGAUGCUUGACUCUUCAUUCUUGAGAGAGUCACAGUCGCCUGUAUCUAGGCGACAAGGGGGGAAUAUUGAGAGGCCUAAUACUCAGGCUUCUUCGAUUUUGCAAAUGUGGAGGGAGUUGGAGGAUGAGCAUUUGUUGAAUAGGGCGCGAGAGAGGGUGAGGGAAAGGUUGAGGCAGCAAAGGAAUGCUGAUAGUAAUACGACAAUGUCUAGUAUGACUUUGUCUGAGAGUCGCGGGAGUGAGAAUCAUGGGAGUGUUGUGGAUGUGAGUGAGAGUGAUAAUGAGUAUGGAACUUGGUCGCAUGAUCAGGGUGUGUCACAGAAUGGUCAUGGAGGUAAUAAUGGAUCUAGUAGGGAGCAGUCUCCUGAUCUUGGUGAAGUCGAGAGGGAGAGGGUGAGACAGAUUGUUCGGGGAUGGAUGGAGAGUGGGAUUAGUGAUCAUUCAUCCAAUCUUACCCAAAGGGCUGGCAGUCCAAGAGCUGAAUGGCUUGGUGAAACAGAGCGUGAGAGAGUUAGAAUUGUCCGGGAGUGGGUGCAAAUGACAAGUCAGCAGCGAGGAGUUCGUGGGGGACGGAGGGAAGAUCCGGCAGCUACAAUUGGUGCACAAGUUGAUCGAGUUCGUGAAGGCUCAGUUGCUGACCAUGAUGAAGGCCAACCAGAGCAUAUUCGGAGGGACUUGCUGAGAUUGCGUGGAAGACAAGCAGUAAUUGACUUACUUGUGAGGAUUGAAAGAGAAAGACAGAGGGAACUUCAAGGCUUGUUGGAGCACCGUGCUGUAUCUGAUUUUGCUCAUCGUAACCGCAUUCAGUCACUACUCAGAGGUAGAUUCUUACGAAAUGAAAGACCUGCUGAAGAGGAGAGACAACCUUCAGUGGCAGCGAGUGAAUUAAGUCAAUUAAGACAACGGCACACCGUAUCUGGUUUGAGGGAAGGUUUCCGCAACAGAUUAGAAACAAUUGUCCGUGGUCAAGCAAGUAGCAAUUCUGAAACCAUAUCUAGCAAUGUCAUCAAUGAUUCUAGAAACGAACUUUCCCACACAAGCAUGUCACCAGACAUCCAACGUGCAAACAAUGAGCAAACACAACCGAGGAGUAUGGAAAGUGACACCGGACGGGUGCCCAAUCAAACAGGAGAUGUGAUUAGCAACAUGGAUGUUGAGAGCAUAAGUUGGCAAGAAAAUGCUAACCAAGGUGGGAAUUGGCGGGAACCAGCAACCAAUAAUGAGAGAGGAAACUGGCAACAGCCAACGUAUACUCAGUUUACUGAAUGGAGAGAGGGCAACACAGAAGAAAUGGAUACAAAUUGGCAAGAAAGUUCAGUUAGUGAGUAUGGCCAAGAAAUUCCUGGAAAUGUAAAUGGAGAAGAAAGUCAUCCACAGGAAGCCCAGAGGGUUUGGCGUGAGGAUGGCUCUCGGGAAGCCGUUGAUAAUUGGUCAGAAGGGCCUUCUGAUCCUCCAAGAGCACGUCGUGCAAUCCCAGUUAGAAGGUUCAAUAGAUUUCAUCCACCUGAAGAUGAUAAUGUGUAUAGUAUGGAACUUAGAGAACUUCUGAGCAGGAGGAGUGUCUCUAAUCUUCUUCGAAGUGGUUUUCGGGAAAGUCUAGACCAAUUAAUACAGUCUUAUGUGCAAAGACAAGGUCGUUCUCCCAUUGAUUGGGAUCUGCAUAGAAACUUGCCAACUGCAGCCUCACCAGAGCGUGAUCAAGAGCAGCAGAGGGAUGAAACAAAUGAUGAUCAGAAUGAUGCUAUUAACAGGCCUUCACUGGUGCUACCUUCUCCUCCGGUGCCACCUCCACAGCCAUUGUGGCAUCAGGAUUUACAUCACACUAGCUGGUCUAGGCACAGCAUGCAUAGAUCAGAAAUUGAAUGGGAGAUGAUUAAUGAUCUAAGAGCUGAUAUGGCAAGACUCCAGCAAGGCAUGAGCCACAUGCAGAGGAUGCUGGAAUCCUGCAUGGAUAUGCAGCUGGAGUUACAACGAUCUGUCAGGCAGGAAGUCUCUGCUGCUCUGAAUCGAUCAGCUGGUGAAAAAGGUUUUAGUGCAGAAACAUCAGAGGAUGGGUCUAAAUGGGGUCAUGUGAGGAAAGGGACUUGCUGUGUUUGUUGUGAUAGCCAUAUCGAUUCACUUUUGUACAGAUGCGGGCACAUGUGCACUUGUUCAAAAUGUGCGAAUGAGUUGGUUCGUGGUGGAGGAAAUGCCCAUUGUGUCGAGCACCUAUUGUGGAGGUAAUCCGUGCAUACUCAAUACUGUAAAGACAUGAAACAACAGAAAAAGAAUUGAACAGAAUGACUGGUAAGGUCUAAGAGAGCCGAAGUCAGUUUGCAGUUCUAUUCUGUAGAGUGUUAAGUUGUUGCCGGUGCUUUUCUGAUUAUAUGUGGAACACUAUGCAGUGUAUAGUUGGAAUAACAAUUGGCAUCAUCGAUUCAUCAUUCAUGCGUUAAUAAAAUGUCGUCCAUAAAUUUUUUUUUUUUUACCUCUCCUCUAUCCUCCCUUCAUGACUAGUUCUGGCAGCCCCCAUUUGAUUAGAUAUGUUCAUCCUCCUAGGGUGAUCAAAUAAGCUUCCCCCGGAAAUCUGCUCUGUGAAUGCUAAAUUAUUGGAGUUUAAACAGUUAGCAGGGAUUGUAAAAUUUGAAACCCAGCGUCGGAAACUUGCACAUGAUUUUAUUUUUGUUUACUAUGAAUGGGUAAGAGGUUUCUAUAAAUGGGUAGUGAAGAGUUGAACUGUCAUAUACCAUUCAACUUUAUUUAAAAAAUAGAGUUACCUAGCUAAAUAAAGUGAAGAAAUUGCAAUGGGUUUCUGUUAUUCAUAGAUUGUACAAUUGUUUGAUGUUUGGAUUCCAAUUCGUAAGGAGAUUGUUAGAUAUUUGGAUUCGAAUUCAUUAAAAGGUUAGGAUGUGAGAAGGUAAAUUUUUUAUGAUUUUGUUAAAUAUGACUUAGACAAGUUUAGUUAUAUCCGUUAAGUAAAUAAAUGAGUUGGUUAAAAUUCAAUAACUUUUUAAAAAAUUGUUCUUUAUUUAAAG